GGACGAAGCCAGCAGUGUGGAGGUAACGUGGCCAGACGGCAAGAUGGCAAGCCGGAGUGUGGCCAGUGAGGAGAUGAACUCUGUGCUGGAGAUCCCCUACCCCCGGGAUGAGGACAGACUUCAGGACCCAGCCCCACUGGAGUGCGGCCAAGGAUUCUCCCAGCAGGAAAGUGGCCAUUGCAUGGACACCAACGAAUGCAUCCAGUUCCCAUUUGUGUGCCCUCGAGACAAGCCCGUGUGUGUCAACACGUACGGAAGUUAUAGGUGCCGGACCAACAAGAGGUGCAGUCGGGGCUACGAGCCCAACGAGGACGGCACGGCCUGUGUGGCUCAAGUGGCCUUUUUAGGUGGGUAUUCUUCUGCUGCCUUUAGAAUCUCUGAGCCUCCCUCUCGGGCCUCAUAUCUUUCUCUAGGCCUUGGACUUUGCCUUCAGUUAUAUGCACUUUAAAUCCCAUCAAUAAAGGAAAGAAAAAAAAAAAGAAAAAGAAAAAAAAACUAACAACCUUUGUGGAAAACUAAAUCUCUCCCGCUGCCUGUCUCUCUCUCCACGCCCAGUAGAUUCUGUCGCGUGCACCCUCGGAAUGGACCGCGGGGGUGGCCAUCUUUGAAAAGGGAAGUUUGGGAGAUACGGAUAUUUAUGUAAUCUUAGUUGUUUGUGAAGCUUUUUCUUUUCUGAGGAAAACAAAAAAGGAAAGUCUCCCCUCCUACCCCAUCUACCCUCCCUCACUUCUUCAGAAGAAUCAUGAUAGUCCUGUCUUUUCUGUAUUCUCCAGUGUCACAAGCACCCUGUUUUGCCCUUAACAAAGAUGGCUCCCAGGCGGUUGCCUGCUCAGUUGAUUCACUCAUGUAUCAUGUGCCUGCUGGUUUGGCCUGUGCUGUUUCUGCUCUGUGCGCCCUGACUUCCUGUGGUAGAGAAAGCCUUAUUGGAGUUGGUGGUUAUGAUGGGAGGGGAAAGGGUGGCCCUAUGGGACUCUUGAUAAAAAUGUUAAAGUUUGAAUUUGCUAAGUCCUCCAGCCUCUUUCUGGAGAAAUUAUGCCAAUAAACUCUC